GCACAAUUGCCAUAUCGUCGGUCUCCUCAAUUGUCCAGCUCGUAACCCGCCGUGGUGUCAUCAGAUCCCAUGACUGUGACAUCGACAUAGUCAAUUGUUUCUUACUCCGCCUAGUCCACGCCAAGCACGAGCCGAACAGUCCUGCCGCAACUAUGAAGCCGCGGCCCGCGAGCCUACUCGGCCAGCUGCUUGCAGCGUCAUCCCAAACAUCAGCACGAACGUUCGUCUGUCCCCAAUGCCGCAUACGCGCAGAUAACAUUCCUCGAAACAUAUUCUAUAAGCAAAUAAAGCGGCAGUACAGCCUCGCCGCCGCGGUUUCGGCUGCGAAGCAAAUCAUCAACGGUCCUGACCCGGCUUCACCAACCGGCGUCGACCCAUUGCGAACCGUCGCCAAGGAGCUCAAGUUCCUCACAAAGAAUAUACGACAGUUGCUUGGAUCGGGACACCCUACGUUGGAUCGAGUGGCGAAGUACUACACUCAGAGCGAGGGGAAAUAUGUGCGACCUAUGCUCGUGCUACUCAUGUCGCGAGCGACAGCGUUGACAACCAAAGUGCCUCGUGCAGUGGGCUCUCAGGACCCACGUGGAGUUGAUACAUCAUUUACAGACGGCUCCAUUCUCAAUGAUGAGAAUCCCGACGCUCCUGGUUACUCCCCUCUGACUGCUGCUGACGAUGGCGCCUAUCGCGCUGGCGAUCCCGACAUCCUCCCGAGUCAAAGACGACUUGCCGAAAUCACGGAGCUGAUACACACCGCCUCGCUGCUGCAUGACGAUGUGAUUGACCACUCCGUCUCGCGACGCGGUGCCUCCAGUGCAAAUAUCGAGUUUGGAAACAAGAUGGCCGUCUUGGCCGGCGAUUUCCUUCUGGGACGUGCCUCCGUCGCCCUAGCUCGUCUUCGUGACCCGGAAGUUACGGAGCUGCUGGCAACCGUGAUAGCAAACCUGGUGGAAGGCGAAUUCAUGCAGCUCAAGAACACAGCGAACGACUCCCUCAAUCCGACGUACUCGCCGGACACCCUGCAAUACUACCUUCAAAAAACGUACCUCAAGUCGGCCUCGCUCAUCUCUAAAUCGUGCCGUGCAGCCGCGCUGCUCGGUCAGUCCGCUCCGGAAGUGGUGGAGGCGAGUUACCAGUACGGAAAAAACCUGGGGCUGGCCUUCCAGCUCGUGGAUGAUAUGCUGGACUACACGGUCAGUGAGGCAGAACUUGGAAAGCCUGCAGGUGCGGAUCUGGAGCUGGGGCUGGCUACCGCGCCCUUGCUUUUCGCAUGGGAGAGAAAUCCUUCUUUGGGCGCCUUGGUGGGGAGAAAGUUUGGAGGGGAGGGCGAUGUUGUAAAGGCCCGACAAAUUGUCCUGGCGAGUGAUGGUCUCGAGCGAACGAGGGCGUUGGCGCAACAAUAUGUCGAUCAAGCCAUUGCAUCCAUAGCCUUCUUCCCUGAAAGCGAGGCAAAAGAUGGCUUAAUAGAAAUGUGCCAAAAAGUUUUAAAGAGGCGAAAGUAAAUUUUAAAACUCGUGCAGAUUUACAUGUAAAACGGUCGAAUAUCGGUGCAACUGUACAUAUACGGUGGGGAAGAAGAUACCACUCCAUUCAUGAGUGUGUUUCUGAGCUCGAUUUAUGGUUUUUGCAACGCAUAUGUUUGUGUGUGUACAUUAAGUAGACUUAGGAAACAGCAUGGGGACGAGUAAAUCGACGUGCGUCCAUGUUAGAGGAUCGUCUCACAUCUCAGAAGCUUGGUCGACAUUUCCGCUUCAUUUUCUACGGCGACACUUGAGCGAAGAGCUAAGUUCUGCGAUAAUCGAGCUUGGAACAAAGUCUUGUUCUGUUUUGACAAAGGUGGCGCAAGACGCAGUGCGACUACCAAGGCUGGCUAAGCUGUGGCCGUUGGUGUAUCCGCCACAUUUUCCUCAUGGUAUAGGCAUGAGUUCAACAUGGUCCACCUCCAUCUUUCUAUCCUCGACAAUUCCAUGUCCAUCUUCCGUAAGAUGAACGAUCACUUCGUCGCCGAAGAGCUCGCCAAUCUCCUCGAGCGACAGAUUGGAGGUUUCCGGGACGAAAAAAUAGAUAAGUGACGUGGUGACUAUAUUGCAGCCAAUGAAGACAAGAUACAUCUUCCAGCCGAUGUUUUGAGCCGCAGUC